AUGACCACGACCACGAACCAGAGAGAAACACGAGCUUCUCCUCGCCUUCGCCGUCCGAAAAUGGAAUAUCUCUCCAGUACUAAGCUCUACCUUACCGUGAGCUCUGUAACCAUUAUCUGCUUUCUUUUCCUGCUCGACAUAAAUAUUAUUGUCACCGCGAUUCCUAGCAUCACCAAUCAUUUUCACAGUCUCCCAGACGUUGGAUGGUACGGUGGUGCCUAUACGCUUGCAAAUGCCACAUUACAACCACUCACUGGGAAGUUAUACACAUACUUCCACCUCAAACAGGUAUUCCUCGGUUGCUUUGCUAUAUUCGAGGUAGGAUCUUUGAUAUGUGGCUUAGCUACUUCCUCGAAGAUGCUGAUUAUCGGACGAGCGAUCGCGGGAAUGGGCUCUGCCGGCCUACAAAACGGGUCCCUCACCAUGCUCGUUGUAGCAGUUCCAAGGGAGCGUCGACCAGCCCUUCUAGGAAUCUGCAUGGGAGGGGCGCAGCUCGGUCUAGUUUUAGGCCCUUUACUUGGAGGCGCUUUUACUGAAUAUGUGUCAUGGCGAUGGUGCUUUUAUAUCAAUCUUCCGAUAGGCGGUGUCGCUGCUGCCGCGCUCCUCUUCAUCCACAUCCCCGAUCAAAUGCCCAAGGACAAGUUCUCGAAUGUCAUCCGUAAUGUCUGGCCGAAACUCGACCUAGUGGGCUUCGUGAUAUUCGCGUCCGCUUCAAUCAUGUUUCUCCUCGCGCUCCAGUUCGGCGGAGUACAGCACCCGUGGGACAGUUCGACCGUCAUUGGGCUCUUCUGCGGCGCAGGCGUCACCUACCUGGUGUUCGGCCUAUGGGAAAAGCGAAUGGGUGACAACGCCAUGAUCCCUCUUUCACUAGCCUCGCAGCAGAUCAUAAUUUGCAGCUGCUUCUUCAUAUCCUUCUUGAUGGGCUGUACUUUUGUCGCCUCUUACUACCUGCCUAUCUACUUCCAGACUGUCAAAGGACGCUCGCCGUUGGCGAGUGGUGUUGACCUUCUUCCGAACGUUAUGAUGAACAUCACUUUUGGAGUAAGCACGGGGAUUGCGAUCUCGAAGUUUGGUUACUAUCUCCCAUUCGGCGUGCUGUCCGGUAUUUUCUUGGCCACUGCAAAUGGCCUCUUCUCUACUCUUUCGCCUACUACGCCACUUGCGCGCCAAGUCGGUUUCCAGAUCUUGCUCGGCGUGGGCCAGGGCUUAGGCGUUCAAAUUGGCAUGACCGCCGCCCAAAACGCCGUCUCAGACGCCCAAACCGCUCUCGCCAUGUCCCUCAUCAUGUUUAGCCAGACCUUCACAGGCUCCAUCUAUCUCACCGUUGCCAAUACGAUUCUCUCCAACACACUGAAGAGCAAGAUCCCGCAAUAUGCGCCCAGGGUCAAUGUGCAGGCUGUUAUCAACGCCGGCGCCACGGGCGUUAGGCAAGUGGUACACGGGACGGAGCUGGCGGGAGUAUUGAGGGCGUACACAGAUGCUAUUGAUCGAGUGUUUUAUUUGAGCAUUGCAAUGGGGGUCGGAGCUUUUGGGGUUGCUUGGGGGUUGGGGUGGAAGGAUAUUAGAAGGAAGGGGCCUGCAGAAUCGCCGGCGUAGGGAGAGCCGGAUGGCCGGGUAUUAUAGGAAGGGGGAUGUGGUUGCUAGAUGUAACGGAUCGUCUCUUACGUGGCCCGUAUGUGUUCACACAAUACGCGAUAUAGGUAAAUACGUCGUCGGGGUGCGAUAGUCUCCAAAAGGUCGGGCAAUAAAGCAAUAGAAAUCAGGCAUAAGACGGGUUACUCUACUAACUAUAGAUAGUAUUGUAGAAUCUUGAGUUGAACACCAG